AUGACAGCUGGAAAAAUAUGAGAAUUGCUUUGUUAAUCCGUUUUGUCAAGUAGCAGUACUACAGCUGGUACUACAUAAAUCCUGCCAACGGUGUGAAGUGGUCGUCUCGAUGUGCUGUUCUACCUUAUCUUCGCUAAAUCAUGGAUAACCUUUAACACAAAAAAACAUACUAGUCUGACGGAAGACAAUCAAGUGAAUUUCUAAUAUAUUCCAAGAACUCUUAACAGAGAUAACGAUUAGCUUUUUCAGGGGCAGACUUUGAACACGGCUCUACUAAGGCAAUGCCUAAAUCAGUGCCAUUUGAAGCGAUGCAGGGCAGUGAAAUCGUUACGAGGCUUACUACAAAGUCGCUGCGGUCAAAAUGCAGUGUUUCCGCCGACAUAGAUGCGUAUGACUCCUCGAACGACUACAGGUAGGCGAUAAGCUGAUCUGACGGUAUAAAGAAGUUGAUAACAGGCUGCGCAGUAAAAGAAUGAACCGCAGUCGACUACAGUGGGUAGAGGUUGAGGGAGUCAAGUUCAUCAGGACGAUCGAUUUAUCAGUAAAUACUAGCCAAUUCAACCUAUGAUGGUGCUUUUCGCGUUUGAUUGUCGCAUUUAUUUUUCUUCAGCCAUACACGCCUACUACGUACUGUUUCGUACCUUUGCGUCCUCCCGAGCCGUUUGGUGAUGACUAUCUAGUGAUGGGCUGUGUGAUAGGUCUUCAAUUGGAGAAAAAAAUGAACAACGAUAACAAUAACAACCAAAUCUAGCCAAGGCAAGUAGUCAGAAAGUAUUCACUCAUUCAGCGUAUUUCAUGGGAUUCCGACUGUCUAAUAAUCGCUGAAAGAGCUAAAGAGCGCGGCGGCCUAAUCGAAUACGUAGGAGGGAAUUCCUGUGCCAUAACGAAGCGGUGUUUUUCACAGCGUGUUUUGUUCAUUUAUGUUAUUCACUGCCGAUCGCUUCUAUAGUUCCUAGCAGACAGCUAACCCAACAAAAAAAAAAAACUGAUCGAAGGGCAUGUUCUUCCUUCGGGCCCGACCGGAGUCCGAGUGGCGUGGAGCACGCGGCGUCAGUGAAGUAACAGUCCGUGAGGAAGUCUUAUGUGAAGGUGAACGCGAAUUUCAGGCCAUCCGGAAUGACUUUGUUGUCGACACCUCACCACCGCCAGCGACACUUUUCACGCCGACCAAUACGCCUGAAUGUCAGAAUAAACUUCGGAGAAGGCUCAACUUAUUUCGGAGGCGGAAAGAUGCCGCUCCGGUUAUCGAGGCCAAGCCAAGUGAAACGGCAGGAACAAUUGAGCGACUUCGAAAUAUCAGCCUUCAGCCUCCUCCUACGCAUUUAGAAAAACUAAAUAAUUUGCCUGAAGUGAAAGAAUCCAACCGUGGUUUAUUGUUUCGAAAAAAGGACUCAACCGAGUCUUUUACAUGUACGUUCAAAAUAGGUGGCAUUUCGACCAAGGCUCAGUCCGACCACUUUGAUCCCCUAACAACAAAGGCGCCAAAUGGAACCCGAGAGUCUUCAGAAGAGGCUCAGUCCACGAAAGACAGAUCUAUUAGUUACGGUAAUUUUGGAGCUAAAAAAGCGCGAAGGUUUUUCUCCAGAAGAAAGUUCAACAGCAAGCCCACUAAAGAAGAAAGUAAAACACCUCCCCCGUUAAAACAUGGAAUCAAAUCGCUUAUGAAAGUGGCACAAGAGAAUCCAGAAGAUUCGCCUCUUCAUGGAUCUCCCAUCGGACACGAGGGUACAUCAAUUUCAGAAAGUUUCUCAUGGCGCUACAACGUAACUCGAAGUGGCGACUCGUCAUUAUGGAAUCAUUCAUGGGUUGAUUCACCCUCAAACGCCAGCUCAGCGAAGUCUACGUGGGAAGUUGUUCAUGCACAGGAUCCGGGGCUUGCCAUGACAUCGCCAAGUUCUGCGCAAACGACCUCAGACAGACGUCGAGGCCUGUUCACGUUUCGGCGUUACGGCUCUAACAAGCUUCUUUCCCUGGGAAGUGCACGAAAAACAGAACAAAAGCGAUUUGCCAACAAAAAUAAGAAAGGGCAGAUGUGUGCCGAUCUUGAGGCUACCGAACAGCUAAACCAGAUGAUUUCGCUCGUAGCGAGCACGGACGACGACGAGGACGAAGACGACGUGAACUCGAGAUUCUUAUGGGUGGACUCUCAGGGUCUAUGGGCGCCAAUUACACUGAACCCGCUAGGGCCUGACUCGUCACAAAAACUCCACGGUUGCGACUGCUCCACCAGUGUUCCGGAGGCUGAGGCCGAUUGCCCUAGGAAGAGUUUCUACCUUGAUGGCGACGGUCUGCCGUCACCUGGGAGCCCAUCACACGCCCAGCCGCACGGUUCACCUAGCGCUUCGUUUGGCAGCCUUCGAACGGCCAGCGCCGAUAGCCAACAGCAGCUGUCAGCUGCCACAGAUGAUUGGGUAGCAGAUUUCUCCGUUUUUGACAGUCCCCAAUACAGUAAUCGUAAUUUAGAGCACGCAAACGAACAGCAAUGCCAGCAGUGGCAGCAGCAGCAGCAGCAGCAACAGCAGGAGCAACAACAACAACAAGAGCAGCAGCAACAACAGCCACAGUCAGCCGUAGAGCUACGGGCUCACCUUGCAACAGCCGAACGCCUUCUAAACACUUCCAAAGAUUCGGUGGAAAGUAUUACUUCACGGGACAACAUGUCACCCCUUCCGUGGACCCCACAAAAUACCCAACAGUACAAUAGCCGUGGCGUGCCAACGCGUAAAGUAGCAGCAGGUAUUAAUAAAAGAGGACACCAACAUCAAAAUCGAACUGGCAGUACUUGUAGUGAUGUUUCUGUGGUGGCAGAAUUGACAGAGCGACGCAGCCGACAAAGGCCACGCUCCUGGUUUCAGGGAACAAAAGGAGACGCCGAUGUUUUUCGGGAGGCGCAGACACUCCUUGAUAUACUUCACGAAACUUUCCCUGAAGGCGAUAUCGAUUCACCAGGCAGCGACUUACGAACAGUUUAUUGAUGCAUUCUACGAUGCUAGAUGCAACGAGUGCCUGUUCAAUCACUUUUAUACGUAGCAGGUGAUAUUUAAAUUCAGCUAGUAGACGCCCCGUGCAAUAUAUAUAUAUAUAUAUAUAUAUAUAUAUAUAUAUAUCUUUUUAUUAAGUAUAUUAACAUCGCAACUAUAAUGGACUACCUAUUUGGUGGCGUCUUACGUUGUUGAUGACAAAAGAAAAACUAAACACUGAACGGUCGAAUGGUCAGUGGAACUAUUAUGCAAAUAAGAAGGAUUACCUCUACAAUGUGGGGAUGCAAAUUAAAAUUGUAUCCCCUAGCAUUGUCCCAUGUAUCCCAGCUAGCGAAUCGCGCGCGUUAAGCUUUACUGAUACCUCCUGAUAUCUCCUUUCAAGUUCCAGGAUGUUUGAAGUUGGCGUAAAGAGGAUCGAUCAAUCGAUAUUUGCAUAUCGACGUGUGCGUGUUAUCAUUUUGUUUUGGCCAUUCGUCACACCAAAUGUACAGUCGUAUAUAGGUGUUGUACAUAGAUCAGACACGAGGACAAGUUCUAAAGCGAAGUACAUAAUUUAUCUAACAUGCUUGCUCAUCUUUGUAAUGAAACAAAAAAAUUAUCAGGUGCUUAUUUAUAGGUGAGAAUGAUCGAUUGAUUUUUCCAUGUUCUUUCGAUCUGAAACAGACAAAUUACAGAGCACACAUACCCUCUAAGCGACGUCCAUAGUCUAACGUUCAAUUUUAAAUAAGAAAGCUGAAGAAAAAAAUGUCCUUAUGAAAUCAUCGAUAGAACCAAAAACUGAUUGGAUUGCAAUAGCCAAUAAACUACUUCCCUGACGUGUUAUUUCUAGUCCCCAUUUCUUUUGGGUCUGGCUCUCUGAGGUCGCUCACUUUUAGAAUUCCCCACUUCCCUGACACAUCGAUUCCGAGGCCAAUGAUAUAAAUAUAUGAAUUAUGUUCAUAGCAAAGGCUGUGUUGGUGUUAUGGUUGCAGCAGAAAAUUGUCAUGUGAUACCGAUUCGAAUUAGCAAAAAGGAGUUUCGUGGCUUUUCACAAGCCUGUACGCCGUAAUAUACUUCGACUUGAAAGGCUCAAUUCAAUGUAAAUGUCUACUUGUAUAUUCGCCUAUAUGCAAGCACAUUUUAACCACAAAUAUUGCGUUCUAAAGCAAGAUAUAACAAUGAUGUUUCCCCGUUAGAAAGGGAUGGUUCUUGCCUACAAAAGAAAUCAUAAAUAUAGGUUUAUUUUUUCUCUUCAUAAUUUUGUUUCUCGAAUAUCCAUGCUGGAUUUUACUCGCCCCAAAUUACUUUCAUAGCAAAAUUGUAAAAAAGAAAAGAAGUUUAUUUGUUCCCAACAGUUGGUCUUGUAGCUGUUUUUGAUUUUGAGACGCAAUCUAUGGACAGUUAAUUGUUCCCUAAAGCUCUCCAUAGCCUUGUUCAAGAAAUUCGAUCUUAAAUCCGGAUCUUUCGAACUCCAAGAAUUAAAAAAGUAAUUAUGCUUAAAAAAAACAUAAAUUUUCAAUCAUCAUAAUUCUUAAGAAAUAUGUAUCGUAAGCUCUCUUUUCAACUGCAUGUGAAUAACUUUGCAUAUUGUUUUUCUAGAAAUCCUCAACUUUUACUGUUAUACUACUAUUAUAACCAUUACUAAUUCAUAAAUUACGUGGAAGUAUCUUGUUGCUGAAAGCUGCCAUCUGUUACCAUUACAUAAACAAAUUUAGAUGUAGACUUCAUGAGAAGAGUUUCAGAGCCGUCCAUAAAGACUAUCUGUGAGUAUAUACUGAUUCAGCAAUUUCAGAGAAUUCAAAAUCAGAGAACGAUUCCGAUAUUGUUCUUACGUCAACCUACGAUGGAUGCAAUGCAUACUUUUCUGAUCCCUUGAAGCAGCAUUCAUCCACAAAUACUCGGAGCACUUCACUAAUGACUACUGUAGUAUCGUGAAAACAAAUGUCUAAGGAUCAUAAAAAAGAAAACUAUACGAAAGCGAGGUACGUGAGAAGUAUAUCAGUACAUUAUUGUUCAUAAUAAUAUGAUAUAUUUAAAUAAAAUAAGGUUAAUGCAGGUACGUCAU